CAGGUCGGUUAUUUUGGGCGUCGUGAGCAGCUGUUGUUAUCACGAGCAGACAAGGCGAGCAGUGAGCCGGCUUGCUGCACUGGGCCAUCAACACAGCAUAACGCUGCCUUCUGAGUCCUCACGCCUCUCUCCACUCCCAGCCACGUCAUAAACUGAGAGGAGGUUGAUGAAGUGUGGGGAUGGCCGCAGCGGCACCAGAGGGCCAGGUGCCGCCCCUAGAGACGGCCCUCUCCUGUGGCGUGUGUCUUAGUGACUUUGACGCUGUGUUUCGCCGCCCUCUUAUCCUACCCCAGUGUGGCCACACCUUCUGCAGGCUGUGUAUCAAGGACCUCGCCGCCAGGGGUGACAUUAUCUGCCCCUCCUGCAGACACAAAUACCCGAGUGUGGAGCCCGACGCCCUGCCAGUCAACUUUAACAUACAGUGUUUGGCCUCAUCCAGCAAGCUUCUCCUUGCUGCCACCAAGGAGGAGGAGCAGGGGAGCCUGUGUCCGGAGCACCGUGUUCGUCUGGCCUUCUGGUGCAAGAGCUGCGAGGUGGCCGCCUGCGGUGAGUGCCUCUUCGACCGCCACCCGCCGCAGGAUACUCACGCAGUCUGCCGCAUCCUGGAGGUGGUGGAGCAGGUGAAGCAGCGGGCUGAACAACUGUCUCUGGAGAGCUGCGAGGAAGUCAUCUUGCGUCUUGGGGACUCCGUCAGCCGCACACUCCGUGCCUUGUCUGACAUACAAGAGGCCGCCCACCUCCUUCAGGAGACGGCCAGAAUCUACCGCAAUGCCCAGACGGCCAGCAACUUGUCCUCCAUCACCUCCGUCUUCGAGGCGGCCAAGGGCGUGCACGACAGGGUGUGGGCGCUGGGAAAGGGCGGCCAAGAGGACUCCUCCGUCAGUAUACCUGACGAAGUAAUCAUGAGUUCGAGACCAGCCAUCCUGGCCCUCAGCGACAGUGGAGGCCUGGCGCAGGUGAAGGUGGAGCCGAAGGGGAUCCACGUGUACAGCCUCCGGCCAUCCUCCACGGCCUACAGUGUUGCCAUCAAGCUGACAGUGCUGACGUCGUGUAUAAAGAAGGAGUCGCCGAUGGUGUUCCUGGAGGUGAAGGCUGGAGAGCGUCGACUAGGCCGGGUGUACAUCACCCUGGCGGGCAAGAUGAGACGUGCCCAACAGUUCCAGGCCCUCUGUCUGGGAAGCCUGGGGCCCUCCUACCGCGGCACCAGGUUUGACGGAAUAAGCGAGAAAGGCGAGCCUGGAGAGUACGUGAGAGGCGGCGACUACCAGGGUAAAGGAGGUCUUGGUGGAGAGGCUCUGAUGGACAACCUCGAGUGGGGGGGAGAAUGGUGCCGGCCCAAGGCUUCUGGCCAGGUGUGUGGUGUGGGCGGCGAGGAGCAGCGCAAGUUCGGGUCCCUCUUCGCCAUCUGUCUCAGAGACAACCCAGACGACAUCUUCAAGUGCCCCUUCGGAGAGGUCACGGAGGGUCUAGAGGUGCUGGAGGUGGCCUGCAGACACCAGCCCUUUAACGUGGUUCAUAUUGCCGACUGUGGCCUUGUUAUUCCCCUGUGAGGCAGGAGAGAGAGAGAGAGAGAGAGAGAGAGAGAGAGAGAGAGAGAGAGAGAGAGAGAGAGAGAGAGAGAGAGAGAGAGAGAGAGAGAGAGAGAGAGAGAGAGAGAGAGAGA